GAGAGAGAGAGAGAGAGAGAGAGAGAGAGCGAGCGAGCGAGCUCAUCAGUGUUGUUUCUGCUGUGAACAGAGAGGACCUUCAUCAGCGCUCAUCCUGCGGCUUGUUUUCAGGUAAAAACAUCUUCACCUGCAGCUUUCACUCACGCGGGAUCAGUCCUCGUGCCAUGUUGAUGUUGAUGAAGAAUGUGAUUGUCUCGUGCUGUUUUUGAGAGAAGAUGGAGAUGCUGAUGGAGGGGCGCUGUUCAAACCUCCCAAACAUGUUUUCACUCCGUCACGGUCUCUGUCAAGAAUUAUCGUAGUGUUUAAAAAAAGGGUUGUGUGAUUUUGAAGAUGGUUAUUGAUCCAGCACACACACUUCUAUGUCAGUUUGGCUCGUGCGUGUUUUCAUUGUCUGUCUGUGGGGCGUUUUUCCUCCCAGUCUGUUACUACGCACAUUGGCACAAACCUUAAACCGGGGCUGUCGCGUUGGUUGGUGUUGGUUUAGAUUCUUCAGGAUCAGAAACACCUCUGUGAGCUGUGAUCUGUGAGCUUAAUCUCUGUCAAACACCAAUUCUGCUUUAUUUGACCAUGUUUUUGCCGUAUCAGUGUCUCCGGUUUGUUUUGUUGUAAAAUGGAGGCUGGAUUGAGGAGGAGGAGGAGGAUGCUGCCAUGGCCUCCCUUCCUCCUCCUCCUCCUCUUCUUUUUUCAACCUGCUGGUCCUCAUCACAUGGCGAACACACACCCUCCCAAUCUCAACAAUCAACCCAUUUUAAACCGUGAGAUCGCCGUUUUAUGUGGAUUUCUGUGAAUUUGAGGUCGGUCUACGGUGCUCGGAUUCAGUUUAGAUUAUUGUCUGUUAUUUCGGUGGUUUCCAGUCCGACCAGUGUUCCCACAGGAGCACCCUACUCCAGUCAUAACCAGAAGACUUAGAUAUGAGUCAGUUCAAGGUCGUUAUGAAAUGAAUUUGUAGGAUGAAAUUAUCUAUCUAUCUAUCUAUCUAUCUAUCUAUCUAAUCAUUACCAAGACAAACAUCAUAAGCACAUAUUUGUUGAAUCUGUAGAAAACAACCAAAAUCUGUAAUUUAGACCCAUUAGGUUCAUAUAUAUUUAAAGCUCCAAUGAGGAGUUUUUACACCAUCAUGUAACAGGCUGAAAUUGAAAAUUUGUUUCUUGUUUUAUCUAUUACAGCAAAUAACACCAUUAACAUAAAGAGGGCCCUUUUCUGGGCAGUUAUUUUGAUGUCUCAAACUGAGCUGGAGGGGGGUAUGUGUCAGGUCAGAUGUAUUCUGACAGUUGUUACAGGCUCAACCUGUGACUUUAUUAUGUGGGAAGGGCUAGAGUUUACAUGGCUAUGUCAGCAGGGGAUUCUGGGAAACUGUGUUGAUUGUGUUUGCGGGUUUUGAUGCAGGGAGCUGUGUGUGUGAAACUUUAUGCUUUUCUUCUGCGAGGAGUGCUAAAAAAUAAAAGUGCAGUUCUUCCAACGUGAUCCCAAUUACUUUUAUGUUACAUCAACGAGUUAAACAGAGAGCUAUCCAAGGGUGGUCCACUUACUACAGUUCGAGGGUCUGCAAGCUUAAGUUUGGUAACACAGUACAAGUUUUUAUCUCAUGUUUUACAAUAAAAUUGAAUAAUUAAUCAAUCUGACUAAAAUUAUUUGUUUUGAUAUUGAUAUCACCAUUAUUGAAACCUUUAAAGAGCUUUGGCUUAAUCUGUGAAGAUAAUACUCAGUUGCCAGGUUUUACUUGUUCUUAAGUAUUUUUUUACAUCGUCAUAAAGUAUUGAAGAAUUUAGCUUUUUACCGCUUUUAUCACAGGCUUCAGAUCCAACAAGUCAUUCAGUCUUUUUGCCACAAGACUUGGUUUUAUGAUUCAAAACAAUGCCUAUCACUUUUAAGAUCAAAAGCUUGUUGGUGCAAAUUAUCUUUCCACCCUCUCUCAUCAUGUUCAGUCUGUCCCUCAGCUUUUCAGACACACAUAUACAAACACCUGCCUCCUCCUGCUCCUCCCUCUAUGAUACUCCCUCCUCUCCUCUCCUGCUCCUCUCUCUUCUUCCUCUCUCUGCUCUACUCUCUUCACAGGUGGCUGUCUUAGUUUGAACCACUGUAGCACAACAUGUUGAAAAAUAAGCGGUUCACCCUUAAUCCUUCUGGUUAUCAAUGGUGCAACAAUAUUGACUUAAACAGACUGGCAUUUACAGUAAUAACUAUGAAUUAUCAAAGUUAACAUGACCACCAGAAACAAGAACCACACUUUCGAUCCUGUAGUUUCUAAUGGCUGAAACAGCUUUACGGCUAAAACCCACAGGAUCUGGAAUGACUGCGCUCCGAUCUGCAAUGGCAGGUGGAUCAAAUACACAAACAGGCACACAUAAUCAUUGUGUGUCAUUCCACACAAAUCCGGCCACCGUCCGGUUCCGCUGCAGAUCAACUCUGGCGGCCGGAUCAGAUACGCAAGGCUUUUAUCUUUGCCGAACGCCGCAGCACGGCACAUCAAUUCGGUGCAGCGCAGCACAAGCAGCAGCGGAAGUUGUAUGUGGCUACAGAGUAAAAUAUCCAGUUAAUUUUCAAAAUAAAAUAAAGUCAAUAUGUUGAACUGUUUUUCACUUGAUAAUAGGAGAAGCCAGGGUUGUGGGAUGUGUGUAUUUAUAUACACCGCGGUUUAUAUACACCGAUUGGCGGAUCUCUUACAAUGUCUCACGGGGAAACACGUGAGAAUCCGUCCAGUCUCGCGAGAAAUAUCGGAAAUACCACAAGUGCUUCUCCUCUAAUGGCAGCGGUAGAUUGGAUCCGGUGGGCACUAUAUGCUUGCAUAUUUGAUCCGCCUCCCGGUCAAGAGCGGAGUGGAGCUUUUCCGGAUCCUGUGGAAUCCCCGGGUUAGGGAAUAUUGGCAGUCCAGAUGAUUGACAGCACCUCAAAGAAACAUCCUCUUUAUUUUUUCUGUAGCAGAUGUUUUACUGCGACAGAGAGCAGGAUGAGAUUACUUUCUGGGAUAACAAGUUUAAUCGUGUACAGGACUUGAUUAUCGAGGGAGGUACCACUUUGCCCACAAGGGGGCACUAAGCUCAAUACAAACAAAGAGUUGCUCACAGGAGCUUUACUAUUACAAUCAAUGCACAGAAGAUCAUUAUGUCAUAAAGAAAAUAUGUCACAUAGAUGUGUCAAGAGACACAAUGACCCUCUGUCAUCCUGUCAGCCAGCAUGAAUUUUAAUUUAUAUUUUUAUGGUUUUCUGAGCACAUUUUCAUCAACACGUUUGUUUCCUGUGUGUGUCCACGCUGACUCAUAUGGUCAUGUUGCGUAACUGUUGUGGUGCCCUCAGCUGGGUCCUGGUCUGGAUACUGAUUACUGUUCUGUUCAGGCAUGAAGCUGAGAUCAGCUGGGACUACAGAUUACAUAAAAACAUGUUACAGACACAGAGACAGGGAAUUAAUUGUAUCUUCUGGAAAUGCAGCUGAAGAAAAACACUUGCAUUAUUGUUUCUGCAUGUUCUAUAGUUUCAUGGGAUAUCAGUAAGCUUCACCAAGACACCCUUUUCUUUAAAAAAAUCUCUGUGAAAUAAAAAAAAAGCACCCUGCAUCUUCCUCUCCUUUUCAUCAGUUUCUCUUUGUGCACAAUCAUUUAACCGACAGUGCAAAGUACUGAAAAUUUUAACCUGCGCAAUUUACAUUGUUCUGUGGGAAGUUUAAUUGUAUGUUCAUUGCGCAACAUGCAUUGACUUUUUUCUUUUUGCUUGGAUGCAUGAUGCUUUGCUUUGUCAAUAUGGGUGCCUGAAUGUGUGCACAGAAGUCCUUGUUGAAUUGUUGGAGAGACAUUGAAGGCAUUUUUCUUUUUUUCACUGUUGCUGGACAUUAAACAGAUUUACUGGAUACAUUUGAAGGUGUUCACUCUGGGAUAAAUUUACAGCUCCUGCAUGAUGUUAAGCUUCACGUGUGCUUCCAACAGAGGACUGGAGAUGACUCCUAUUAAAACUCAGAUGCACAGCUCAGACUCUAGACAUUUUAAACCCUUUAUCUGACCUACUAAAUUAUCUGCAGUGUGUGUGCAUGAUAGUGAGUGUCUGUGCAUGCAUGUAUGUGUUUGUGCAGACAGAUUAAGACUGGGUCACUGGUUAAACUGGCUUCUUAUUGGCUGAAUGCUCCUGCUCUGCUCUGUAUUAUCUGUUUCUCUCAGCAGCUCAGAAAGCGAGAGCGAAUCAUUUCAGGGUUACCCUAAUGUUCACUGACACUGUAGGGGAUUUUUGAGGAUGCCCUCUGUGGUUGCUAUUGCAAAAGAAAGAAGAAAAGUUCAGUUUCAAAUGCAGAGAGAAUGGUCAAAACUUGUUCAGCCAUUUUGGAGAAAUCUUUCAUGAAGAAAACUGGUGUCUUGUAAGCUUUGGGUGAACGGUUUAGACUAUGUACAGGUGUGUGUGUGUGUGUGAAAAGAUGUUUUGCUCCUGUUUUGUGAAUUAAUUUCGUCUUAUUUAAAAGGGAAAAAAAGGAGAUAUGUUUUUUAAUUCAUGAAACAUUUUCAGUACUUUACUUUAUUUCUAAAGCAAUAAAGGAUCUUCAGCAGCCAGCAUGAUUGUCUUUCUGCAAGUUUAGAAACAAUGCAAAUUCUUGAACAUGUGCAAAAGUCAAAAACAAAUGCACUGAUACAGCAAAUGACAUAAAAUCAUAAUGCAAGCAGUAAAAAACUACAUUAAGAGGAAACCUGCUGCUACUCCAUAAAUGAUGCAAUUAAAAAAACACACACACAAGAAUACAAAAAAGAAAUACCCUCAAAAUCACUACAGAAGGUUUGAUCAUUUUUCUGUUUAUUUUGGCUCAAAUCUGCAUUCAGCGCAUUGAAAAAAAUCAGCAAGCUUCUUUUUUUUAAAUAUUUUAUGCUGCAUGAGAAGCACCAUGCUUGCAGGAUGUGCAAGUCUGAUAGCGGGUCCAAAAAUGACAAUCAGGUUACUAUUGGGCAGCUGACAUGCAUCUUGCAAGAAUCCAAAUUUGCAGAACCAGACAACUCAAUGGAAACGCACCGUCAGAUUUGAAUUUGAUGGAUUUGAAACAGUUGUUUUGUCUUUUUGCAUCCAGUAUUAUUGCUUAGCAGUGCAUUUUCAUUCUUGCAUUUGUUGUGGACUUUUGUAUAUGUUAAUAAACUUGCACCACUUCUGAAUCAGCAGUUUGUUUCUCUAAAUUAAGUUUGUUAAGGCUAAAUCUUCAGGACAGAGUCAAGAGUUUUCCUGAAUUUAUAAACAGAAUAUUAUGAAGUGACUCUUUCACAAAUAUAAAUGUGUAAGGAGUCAAAGAUUGGGUGCACUUCCUUCCUUCCUUCCCUCCUUCCUUUCCUCUUUACUCUCGCAGGCAUCUGUUGAUGAAGGAGUAGUUGGAUGUUUUGCUGAUAGAGGGAGUGGCUGCUGGAUGGAUGUCAGUGUGUCAUCAAUUUUCCAGAGUAGAGAGAAGAUUUUGAUCCAGUCAGACCUGUCAAUAGCUAAUGAUGGACAGAGGGAGUUAGCGUUAGCUUCUGAAGCCACUACUGUCUUCAAUGGCUCAUUAGCUAAGCUGCUACUUGUUUCUUCUCUCACAUACACACUUCAAAAAAGAAACACACACACAUCUACACAUGCAGGAGCUAAACAUAGCACUGGUCUGAUGAUGCAGAGAGAGGAAAGAAGGAGGGGCUGGAAGCUGGAGCAGACCGAAGAGAGGCAGAUCAAAAGGCUUCAUCUCUAUUUGGAGAUUAAAUGUUCUGGAUCAGGGACUGGUUCUGGUUCUGAAUGAGUCCAGGAUGCACAGUGAGGCUUCAGCAAACAGGCUGAUGUUAAGAUGUUACAGUAAGAUUCAAGCAGUUUGUCUGAGUGUGAAGGUGAAACAGGUGUGCUCUCCCCACCCCAGACUUUAGGAUUCUGAUGGUGCAGAGAUUAAUAUUUUAAAAUCUCACAGUUUAAAGUCAGAUUAAAGUUUAGAGAUUAUUUAUUUAUGUAUUGCUGUCUAAAAAUAAGAACAAUAGAAAUAAUAAUUAACAUUGUUUAUCCCUCUGUUACAGGCCCAGCUGCAGCAUCCCUCAUCAUGACUAAAGAGGAGAACCUGGAGGCGCAGGAGAAGGAGAGGCACGAUCGGGAGGAGCAGGAGGAGGGGAGGGUCCAGAAAGAGGAGGAGGAGGCUCUGACAGAGGAGGAGGAAGAAGAGGAGGAAAAGGAGAAGGACGAAGAGGGGGAAGAAGAGGAGGAGUACGAGCUAGAGGAGGAACGAGAGGGGGAGGAGAGGGCAGAGGUGGACGAUGACGAGGAUGACGAGCAGGAGGAAGAGCGGGAGGAGAGGGAGGAGCGAGAGGAGGAGGAGGAGCCGGUGACCGGCCGAGAGCUGGAGGUGGAGCAGGAGCAGGAGCCGCUGUCUGUUUCUGAGUACCAGAGUCCGGUUCAUGAGCCACGUCGCAGGGCCAUGGUGCACCCGUCCGCCCAGGCCCCGCUACCUAAAGACUACAGUGAGUCAUUCCACCUUAAAACCGCCCUGUUAUAUCACCUUUAAGACUCUAACCUGUCAUUUCACCUUAAAACCACCCUGUUUCAUCACUUUUAAGAGUUUAACCUGUCAGUCCACAUUUUAAGUAUACUGUUGCAUUAUCACAGGAAAAUACCUUUUUAUUUUAUCCAAUAAGACGCUACACUGUCAUUCCACCUUAAACACACAAUGUUGUUACACAGUGUACUAUCAUUGCACCUUACAUACACUAUUACAUUACCUUUCAGAUCUCACAUUGUUAUUCCACCUUAAAUACUCAGUAUUGUUACAUAUCCACCCACCUGUAAUUAAAGAUACAGUUAUAACACCUUUAUUACCCACUGCUGUUACACCUUAAAUACACUGUCGAACAGAACACAUAACAGAGUCACACCCUGAACUUGUACUGUUAUUCCACCUUAAAUACACACUGUUCACACACCUCUGCUCCGUACACCUCUAAUCCGAGACUACCUUAAAGGGAUAUUUGGGUAUUUUUGACAGGACAUUGAGUUACAUGUUACUAAGUAGUAUUUAAGCCACAGUGAAACUGAGAGCUGUACUGGAGUUGGUACUUUUCGGAGUAAACAGUCUUCAGUUUAAGGUGGUAUGAAUGAAACUUCACCAGAAUUUCCCAUUUAUUGAGUUUUUUUUUCAAGAAACAGGCUGCAGACAAACAGACGAUCCUGAUAUGCAACAAUCUCAGCUGAAGCUCUGUUAGGACACACAACACCCUAAGAACACACACAUGGGAACACACAUACUGGCACACACACACACACAGACUCAGUUUGACUCAUAAACAGCAGAGAACAGUUGCUUCAUAGACUCUGAAUCAGUCUGAUGGAUCGAUGGGUCUGAAAGCUCGGGGACAGCUGCUGUGUGGAGGACUGGGGGAUCAGUAUUCAUGACACAAACUCAGAUCGGCCAACUCCAUUAUACACUCUGUGUGUGUCUGUGUUUGUGGGCUUUGUGUUUCUGUGUGUGUGUGUCCUGACCAUCUCCAUCCAGCAGUGAAUACAGAGCAGUUCUAACGUACAGUCAGUUUUAAAUGUUGAACUCUGACUUUUUUAUGAAUAUUUCCCACCUAUUUUUUUCUUAUCUUAGGUGUUCAUUUAUUUCUGGUUGAUUUGGCUGAAACCAGAAAUUUAACAGUAAUAUAAGUUCACAGCGUUAAAGCUCCUCACUCUGAACUUGACUAAAUAUUGGAUUUGAGGAAGUUGUUGGCGGUGUCUAUCCUGGAGGUGAUUUAGUCACUCAGUGAAAUGAAAUCUGUCUGAUCUUAGAUUGCCAAGCUGGCAGGAAGAGAAAGUGCCGAGCUCAGGGGUUACAGCCAAAUUAAUGAGGGUCACAUCAACAUUUUGGCAUCAACCCCCACAUCUCUGAAAUCUGCUUGUACUUUCCUCUGCUCUUCUCUCUUCUGUUAUUUCCUCUGUACUUUAAAGCUCAUUACCUAUUUCUUUUCUCUCUCCAGCUUUCACUUUCUUCGACCCCAAUGACCCAGCCUGUUUGGAGAUCCUCAUGGAUCCCCGGACCACCAUCCCCGAGCUGUUUGCCAUUGUGCGUCAGUGGGUUCCCCAAGUGCAGCACAAGAUCGACAUCAUCGGCAACGAGGUGAGAGCUCGCCGACUACCUGUUGACGACCUUUUGUUCUCACGAUAAAGACGAGAAGAUGACAAGCUGAAAUACAUCACUGAUCAGUGAUGGGCAGUGAAGCAUUAGAAGUAACACGUGACUGUAAUCUGAUUACUUUUUUCAAGUAAUGAGUAAAUGAGUAAAAACUUGCAAAAACAGUAAUUAGAUUACUGUUAUUUUUCCGCAAGCAGGCUGUGUUACAACAUUACUAAACCGUGAUUUUGUUUUGUGAGACUGUCUGGUGAGUUUUGACAACAUUGCAAGAGCAGAGCGACAAUAGUGGUAAACAACUUGUAGUAGUGUUUAACAAGAGACAACAUAGAGUGCGGGAGAGAGCAGGACCAUGCAGCGUUUAAUGCUCUGAAGGUACCAACAUUUUCUUGAGUUUGACUUGGUAAAAGAUGACAAAAACAUUAGCCUACGUUGUACACUCUGCAUGGGAAGAACACUUUUAUCUGAGCAAGGAGCUAGCAAGCUAGCACAGGAAUGUGAAGCUCACUGCAAAAACCCCAGAUCCCCCCACUGACAUGACCGCUGCGGCUACCAUAUCCAGCUCUGGUGGAGAGACAGGACUUCAUGCUGCUGAAUGGUUAAAUAUGAGUUAACAGAAGAAGGACUUGCCUUAUUUACUAAAAUAUGAAUAAAUGUGCAGAAAAAGGAUUGCAAUGUUUAGCUCGAUGCAAUGUGUAUAAAGUUAAAAGAUUCAAACUAAUGAAACAAGUUUUUAAAAAGUGACUUUUAAUUUAAUUCCAUUUUAUAUGAUGGAAAAUGCUAAAUGAAUAGAAUUAGGCGUAAAGGUCUAGUUAUUCAAGUUGUGCAUCAUGUUUUUGAAAAGUAAGUAGGCUAAAGUAAUUAGUAAAGUAACUGAUUACUUUUGAAAAUAAGUAAUGAGUAAAGUAACAGGAUUACUUUCUUGGAGAAGUAAUCACUAAUCUGUAACUAAUUACUAUUUUUAAGUAACUUAACCAGCACUGUCACUGAUGAUAGAAACUCUGCAGAAUAGGUUUCCCUGCCGUGCCUCUUAAAACAGGAGUGAUGCUUUCCUUCAACAUAAACACAAACACAUGAGUGAAAUUAAUGACAAGUUUAUUUAAAGCUGCAGGACUUAGUUUAAAGAGCAUCUCAAACUGUUGUCCAGUUGUGUUUCACUGCCUGUAUCACCCAUCCUGGUUGUUCUGGCAAGGAGCCUGAAACCACACGCAGUUCUCCUUGUCACAUUGACCCAGAUUCAACCAUCAUGACACACACACACACACACACACACACACACACACACACACACACACACACACACACACACACACACACACACACACACACACACACACACACACACACACACACACACACACACACACACACACACACAGAGCCACAGACAAUGAACAAUGAAAGCCCCCUGAGCAGUGUGUAGCUAAGAGAGGGAAGCCUGAAUGUUGGACAUUGCAGUUCAUGUUUUAUUUCUAUCUCGGUCUAAACAAAGUCAAACAAAUGUACAAAAAGCUUCAGAUUAACUGCAGAAAUGAGGUUUAAUGCAUGUGGGGGUUGCAAACAUUUGUGAUCAGCUGUUGUGACAUUAAAGAUGAGACUGAAAGCUGCUGCGAUGCACAGGCUGUUUAGACUGCUGAGGUUGCAUUGGCUUUAAGUCACAUUUAUAAACAUGUAACCUCAAAUUUUACAUCCAAAACCAAACUAAAAGGUGCUUUCAGCUGGAAUAUUUGAAAGGAUUUGGCAAACUUUUUUUUAUGAUUUGUGAAAAUGCUGCUUCUGGAUUAAACGCACAACAAACGUCUUAGAGGAUGUCUGUCUUUUUCUGUAACGCUGCUGGUUUGUCUAAACAUAAUGAACAACAACAAAAAAAAGGGAAUAAAAAGCCUACAGCCAGUCAGAGAUAAUGAGUCCUGCAAGCUACGCCCCCAAAUACAUGAUACUUUAAAUGGUGCAAUCCAAAAACAGGGACUUUGAGGAUGUCAUUGGACUCCUGGUGAAAGUACACAGAGUCCCUCUAAAGGUUUCUGUAAAUCUAACCCUGAGGAAAAGUUCCCCUGAUAUAAAUGUGGUUUUACUUUCCAAUAUAACCUGGCCCUGGUUUUAGAAAAGUCGUUACAAAAAAAGAGAACUUUAAACCCAAAUAUUUUUCAGAUCUGCAGUGUGAAAUCGUUAUUUUUCACUACAAGAGAGGUGAGUUCCCACAACGUCAGUCACAUUUCCAAUACGAGAACACAAAAAACAGUGACAUUGACCCAGUUAAAAUGGCUGCAUUGAUUUAUUAGAGAGAAGAAGAAGAAUGGGCGGUGCAGAGCAGAGGGAGAGACAAGAGGGAGACAGGGAUGAGAGAGAGAGAGAGAGAGAGUCAAUGAGACUCUACCAUGACUCAGCAGGAAGCUGAGUCAGCCUGCGGGAAUAAAAAACAGGAGCAGACAGUGAGUCAGAAAAGAUGGAGUCACAUUUCAGCUCCAACUAAAGGCUGGAUUUGAACCUUUGGCAUUUUAAUAUCAAUGUUUAUUUGACUGAAUUUACAUUUUCAACAGGCAUUUUAUGAUUGGCUGUAUACUACACACGUUGAAUCAAGGUGGGAGAUUGUGGCUCUAAUCAAGAUGCUGUUAUUGUUAUUUUAGCCGUCAGUGAAAUGUAGUCAUUAUCAUUAAUAUUCGCUAAUAUGAAGAGAGAAGGAUCUAAGGCAAAGUCUGAGUUCAGUAUUGGUUAAAUUUCUUUUUGGAUUUUCCACCAAAAAACAAAACCAAAUAUAUUUGUAGUCCCUUAGUCAUCAACGUCCUGAAAGACAAAAUAAAUAAAUAAAACAAUUUCCAACCUAGUUUUCUUUAAAUGUGUAGAGUAAGAUCAUAUAAAAAAAAACUAUAUAUAUAUAAUAUUAAAGUUAUUUCCAAGUAUUUCUUUUUUUAGCAUUUUACCAUCAGACUGUAACAAAAAACGUCAGUAAAAAGAAAAAUCAUGUUUUAUUUGAUUUUUGAUCUUUAUUUAUUUUGAACAUUUCCAAAAUUUGUGAAUCAACAUUUCCCUAUAAUAAGGUCAAUAAAAAUGACUUAAUUCAUCGUCUCUGUUUAUGUCUUGCUCUGAAUGUGUAAAAAGGAAAGUAAGAUAAGCCACUUUCAUAUUUUAACAAUCUGCUCACUUAUUAAAACUGAUGAUUAGUUACAGUCAUGAACUGAGUUGCUGUGUUCAUGGUCUCCUGACCUCUGUGAUAAUCAUAUUUUUCAGAUCCUGAAGCGUGGCUGCCAUGUCAAUGACCGUGACGGCUUGACCGACAUGACUCUUCUGCACUACAGCUGUAAGGCCGGAGCACACGGCGUCGGUAAGACUUUGAUUGAUUCAGUAUAUCAGCCUGACAGAGACCCUGCUGUUUGCAAAUGCGCUGAUCUGUUAAAGGAUCAAAUGUCAGAGAUUAUUUUAUCUUUUCCAACCACAGUCCUGCACUUAUGACAAAACAAACGGUCCAAAAGACACUUUGUCAAAUGUUUUGAAAAAGAAUGUCAAAUGACAGUUUUCUCUUCCCCUCAGUCCACCUUAAAUGGACUCAGGUCCAGAGAAGUCUCUGGUGUGUCUGGAUCAUGUUUCUAUCUGGUUUCCUCUCUGCAUAGUACUUUGUUAAAAACCAGUGCACAGACCCGUGACUGAAUGGUGGACAGAGUUCUGGUCAUCUUCUGGUGGGUUCUGGUCCUCCCCUGCUGUUAAACUGGAGCUUCUUAUUGUGACUAUAGGCGACCCGUCAGCUGCUCUGCGUCUCACCGCUCAGCUGAUCUCUCUGGGCGCUGAUGUCAGUCUGAGGAGCCGUUGGACCAAUAUGAAUGCUCUGCACUACGCCGCUUACUUUGACGUCCCUGAACUGAUCCGAGUCCUGCUCAAAGCUGCUAAACCCAGAGGUACAAACACACACAAACACACACUUUGAGAGUCAAGCAUCAUUAACCGACAUGACUAAUCUUUACCUCCUCCUCUUCCUCUGUUGUCUACUUAGUGUUAAACUCCACUUGCAGUGAUUUUCAUUACGGCACAGCUCUCCACAUCGCCGCCUCCAACCUCUGUCUGGGGGCUGUCAAGUGUCUCCUGGAGCAUGGAGCCAACCCCAGCCUUCGGGUAAAAACACACCUCACUUUUCUGUCUGAUUUUGUCUUAUUUCAACUGUUUCUGUUUGGAAAAGAAGGUUUCUCAAUUAUGAAUGAUAUCUACCAACCUUAUAAUGAAUAUUUUUGUCUUUAAAGUUCAUGUUAGUGGUUUUUAGCGCUCCCUGUGCAGCACAUUUCCUGAUUUCAUCUUGUUCAUGUAUAAACUGGGUUUUUGCUGCUUUCUUUUAACAGUCAUAUGCAUCCCAUGUGAAAAAAGGCUGCUUUCUCUCCUCUUUCUGCAGAAUGAUAAGAGUCAGGUCCCCGCUGAUGUGGUCCCUGACCCAAUGGACAUGAGUCUGGACAAGGCGGAGGCGGCCAUGGUGGCCAAAGAGCUGAAGCAGCUGCUACUGGACGCCGUCCCCCUCAGUUGUAACCUGCCCAGAGCCACGCUGCCCAACUACGACAACAUCCCCGGAAACCUGAUGCUGUCCUCACUGGGGCUAAAGCUGGGCGACCGUGUGAUGCUGGAUGACAUGAAGGUCAGAGGGACACUGGGGAGGACACAAGUCAGGGCAGGAAUGUGGGAUUGACAAGCAGACUGAGCUGAAGGAUGAUUAACCUGAGAAAACUGUGUUUUCAUGUUUGCCAUAAAAAUAAUCCUUAAGUGCUCUUAGUGAGUCCACUUUAGUGUGGCUGCAAAGUGUGCUCAGAAAGUUGGAGACGCUGCAGUCCUUGCAACAAUGAUAAAAGCCAGUAUUUUCUAACUUAAAGAUUAAGGGGGGUUCAAAGUUUGCCCAAAACUGAUCAUAGAAAAAGCGUAAAAGUGCUGAUGGGUAACUCCUUUGGCUGCAAGAAUGAUCGCUUGGAAGGAGAGUAAGGUCUUUGAGAACUCAUACAUAUGACUUUUUCUCAUGAUUUUUGUUAAAGAUGAAGAACAGCAGUGUUAUUUGUAAAGGUUUUUUUUCUGAUGCUUUUGUCCAACAUUUCUUGAUCCCUAAAACCAGGCCCAUAUGCCUUAAAUGCAUCCUUUGAGAGUCACACAAGAUCAGAAUAUGCAUGUGUGUAUGAUGAGCAGAGUAAAGUUUGGGUUUAUUUUGUGUGAUGUCUAUGGAGCUGUCAUGGCCGCUGUGCUGUACGAGCUCUGAACAGUGUGUUCUCACACUCUCUGUAGCUCCAGAGAGACCCCAUCAUUGAAGACAGCCAGCCUGAAUUCCUCAAACAGGUUGGUUGGAGCAAGCGCCGGCUGGAUUGUAGACUAACUGGACUGACUCACCACUCUGACAGCACACCCUCUUCCUGUCAUAUGACCAGAUAAAGCCAUCUGACGCCCCACCCUCUCUCCCCUUCAUUAACCACGACGCUAACUGCUACCAGCUUUAACUCUCUGCAGUUGUAUUAAAAAUUUAGCUUUAUCUCUCCCUCUCUGUGUUUCUCUCUCAGGCCGGCACUCUGAGGUUUUGUGGAACGACAGAGUUUGCCAGCGGUCAGUGGGUCGGUGUGGAGCUGGACGAGCCAGAGGGGAAAAACGAUGGCAGUGUGGGUGGUGUCCGCUACUUCAUCUGCCCUCCUAAACUAGGUAACUUCUUAGCUGUGGGAGGUCAUUAAAAACCUGCAAAGACAUGUACAAAGGGCUCAUUAUUCUGGACCAAUGAGGCUGCAUUACAUGAAGAUUAGAGGAUUUUGUCCCAGAGGAAGGUGGAGACGAUAGCAGAGCUAAAAGAGGUCUUAAGGCUCUGAUUCUGACUGUGCCUGUCUCCCUUUACUCUUCAGGGAUUUUUGCUCCAGUCUCAAAGAUUUCCAAAGCCGUUGAUCAAACUCUGUCAUCCGUAACCUCCACACCCCGAACCCCUCGCAUGGACCUGGCCUCCCGUCUCGCUGGGAAGACCAAAAAGGAGAAAGAGAAGAAAGAGAAGGAGAGAGAGAGGGGUAACACAGAUCCUCAGUUCACACUGCAGUCAUGUAUUUAGGAUUAAAUCAUGUCAUCUGUCAUCAGAUGUGUCUGUGCAUCAGUGUUAACAUCAUGGUGUAUCCAUCCUGAGUGUGUAUGUCGUGUGCUUUCAGCCCAGAGGAAGAAGUCUUCAGUUGCCAGUCUGGAUCCAGAGGGACUGAACGUGGAAGUCGGAGAUCAGGUUCUGGUGGCCGGACAGAAGAACGGCAUUGUUCGCUUUUAUGGAAAGACAGACUUUGCUCCAGGUGAGUCUGCUGCUCAUGCUCAUUUCAGUUCAUUGGAGGACAGCAAAGUCCAGUUUGGUCUGUUCGUGCAGAGGUCUAUAAAUGAACACUGCAUACAACUCUUUGUGUCUCAACGGUUUUAUGCUCAAAUGUCCCUUCAGGUUACUGGUUUGGUAUCGAGUUGGAUCAGCCGACAGGAAAACAUGACGGCUCAGUGUUUGGAGUCCGUUACUUCAGCUGCCUGCCCAAAUAUGGAGUGUUUGCUCCGCCCUCCCGUGUGCAGAGGUAAGACUGUAGUAAAUGAUGACGUCUUGUGCUGCUUUCUGUUCUGUUUUAAACCAGGGUUGCAUGAAGUAAAGUCCAGUUUCUCUUUUUUGGGAUAAUCUGUUCUAAGUUUAUUGCGUGUCUUAAAGAAACAACUUAACUUACUUGUUUUUAUUGUUGUCGUUUGGUCAGAAUUGGAGGUCCUAAAGAAGGCUCACAGAAUGACAAAUCCAUGGUGAAGAAAGUCCACCAAGUCACCAGUGAGUGUCUUCCUCUGUCUUGCUAUGUCAGACUAAUUUUAAGGGGAAAUCCGAAGAUAAGAGCUUUCAAGGAAAUGUUUUUUUUUUUUUUUUUUUUCUGAAAAUAGUUUAUAUUUUGAAUAUUGUGUUUGUCUUUUUCCUGCAGUGGCACAGCCGAAACGAAACUUCAACACAAUGCGCUCCCCUAAAGACCUGACCUCUGAGAGUUCCAUAUCAAGGUGAGAUUACACAGAGGAGUCAGACUGCUGGAAAUCUGUCAGGGAACAUUCACUCCACAUCUGGACAUCUAAUUCACUAAACCAUGUCAGGCGACACUUUUAAGACUUAUGUUUUACUACAUUCUUGUUGUGGAGGAAUGAAUUUCAGUAUAGUCUUGCUGUGAACGUGAGCAUUCAAGUCAUAUCAAAGCUAAAGUUGUGUGUUUACACAGUUAACAGUUAUGCUCACAAAGUGCAUAGCUGAAAUUUCACAGCUUACAACAAAAAUGAGUCAGUGAGAGGAGUGUGCACAGAUCAGUAAAAGUCCGAUUUAUGUGUAGUGGCCAAACUGUCUCAGUACAUGUGGACAAAGUGUGCCUGUAUAUGCCAGGGUUGAGCCACAGACAUCUCCUUAUUAUGGUCACAAUACCAGUGCUGAGGAGAUACACAGUUAUAGAAUUUUCAGGUGAUGAGGAGGUGGAGUUAUUGUCGAGUGAAAAGUUGCAGCCUGACCCCUUGAUAAUCCCGCAGCACAGUUAUUACCACCACCUCUCAGCAGACAGUAUAAAUUUCACUGUAACUGUGCAUGGCUGUUAGAACUCUUUUUUUUUUUUUUUUGUAAUGACUUUUAUUUGCAGAGAAACUGGAUAGUUUUGCAAACAGCAGCAGUGAAAAUAGCUGUUAUUUGUUCUGCAGCCCAGUUUAGGGAGCAUUUCAGCCUUCACCUCACUUGAUUAAUCAACACUUUUUGUUUCAGGUUCACAGAUGCAAAAGCCUAGCAAUACCAUGCACAAAUCAUAGAAAGUUGCCGUUUGAGGUCGGCUAAAACACCAUUUCAGUUAUCAUGAGAAAACAUCUUUGUUUUGUGGAGAUAAUUAUUAUUUUUUUAAAUAAUAAUAAUAAUAAUAACAUGAGACAAUGAACUUUGCUAUAUCGAGAUAACGAGAUAAUAAGUCAUUAUCACGAGAUAACAGUGCAUAAAAAAAGAAAAAUCCAUGGCCAUUCCCGGCUUCCGUACUCAUGCACAUGCAUCAUCCUCAUCGUAACGCUCCUUCUCCAACUUCUCUUGCUCCAGGUUGCUGUUCUGCUGUUGGUUUCCGUGGAUGCUGCGUGCUGAGAUGCAGUCCUAACCACGCCCUCCUCCUUCUUCCUCCUCUCCUCUUCCACUGGAUGGAUCUCUUCCGGUCUCUUCCACCCUCCUCUCUCUUCAUCUUUUACUUAAGCUCUCCUCUCUCUUUCUCUCUUCAGACUCUCACUGUCGUCGGUUAAAUUCUCGUAGUGAAACCCCGCCCCCUCUUCCUCUCAGCCCAAAUCCCUCUAAUUUAGCCGUUCUAUAGCAAAAUCUAUAGUGCCUUGUAUCUGAUCAAAUGUCCUGCAUUCCUUUAAUGAAACUGAGAAUCCAGCUCUGCAAAAGCAAUUCCCCCAAAAUAUUAUAUUUACAUCUCAUCACUUUUUAUCAAAAAGUUCUUAUCUCACUGUCAAAGCUUGAUAUCUGUUCAUGUUGCAUCUUUAUUCAGGCAGAGAUUCUGCCCUCUACAGACAACUAGUGUUUGCUGCUUUGUUUUGCCUUUGCUGCUACUUGGUUUGGGUCUCACCAAAUUUUGAACCAACAGACGACCUGUAAAACAGAUGAUAACGCUGAUGCUGUCACACAUAAUUUGCAGUUUAAAACUACCAACUGAAGCUGCAAAAUGUCUCAGCAUUGGUCCACUUUGGCUUUUCUGGAAUGGCAAGGCAGCCAUGACAGUGUCAUACCAAGAUCUGGCCUCCACUUUCUGGACAAAAACUAGACUCACAGACCAAGAACCUUAACACCCACAGACUUACUAUCAGAGUUUGUAGUCUUUUUUGGAAUAAGCCGUCUCUCUGCACACUACAGAUGUGAUCCUGUUGAUCCUGUUGAUGUAGAAACUCCGUUAGGUACAUUAAAUGUGCCUAAGAGCCAAGCACAUUUGCUCAAUGAUCCAAAAUAAUGUGACUUGCCCACUAUGUCCACACUGCAACAGUCUCCUUUUGAUUUGCUGUGAUUAAGAGCAAGGAAUAAGUAAAGGUGGUAAAUCUUUAAAGCUCUGAUAUCCAAAGACACAACAAACAAGAUGAUUGUUUGAAGUCAUGAUUUAAAGUGCAAAAGAAGGAUACUCUUUCUCUCCAGCCAGUCAGUAGGAGGAGCUCUGUUCUGUCCAAGAAGUUUGACAGUCCAUGGUUGCAACACAUCCCAAAUGGUUGCUUUAAAUACUGAGUCCCUUCUCCUUAAAGGCAGUCAGCCAAUCAACGUUCAGGAUUUUGGGCAGCAUCAGGGGUGGCCUAUCAUAUUUCAAUAGGGGGGCCUGUACAAGCCCUUUUGACUCGCCCCUGGCUGCUCACGCCUCUUAAACUGUAAUUUGUGGAGAAUCUGAUGACUGUGUUCCAGUUUUGUCAUAUUUUACCUGUAGAAACAGAAGUACAAUGAACCCUGACCAGGAGCAGGGAGGCUGUUUUUUGAAUGCUGUGUUUAAAUGAAGCUGUCGCAGUGUGGGUGUGGCCUCGGAGAGCUUGGGUUUCACCUGAAACACAAAGCCAAAAGUCAGGGCUUUAGAUCAGAUCUCAGUUCUUCAAACUUUCUAACUGUAGACUGUGUUCAACUUUUCACCUGCAUGCUUAAAUCUCAGAUAUGUAACUGAAAACAGGGUCAAAACUUCUAGCUUCACUGUAUGUAAUUUUAUCAUCUUGUAGCAGUUUCAUGUUUGCAUCAUCUACAGGUGGGAUGGAAGAUCACUGAAUGGUUCUUGGUCUCGUUUAAACACAGACGUACCUGCAGGACAAUUUUAGAAAGGUGUACAGCUGAAAGAACUAGUUUAUCUUCAAGUUUUGUUCGAUUUUUCUAGCAUUUGACAUGGUUUGACUGAAAGUCUUGGAACAACUUUCGUUAUAAAUCAGUGUUUUGCCAAAUAGAAAGUCCAUCUAGUUAGAGUUCAAUUUAGUGUAUAUUAAAGAAACCUAAACAAGAGCUGUAACCUGUUGCUAACCAAAAGUGCUAACAGACCCAAAACGACUUUCUUUAAUGCAAUUAAAAACUGAAAAUAUUUGAAUCAAAGUGUUUUCAGCCCCCUGUCCAGUGAGUUCAAUACUUUUUGUUGUUACAGACAUACUCGUGUCUGAAAAUAAGUUUUAUUUUAUUUUAUUUGUUGAUGAUAAUCAGUUGUAGAUAUUUAUGUCCCUUCAUCAAACAUUUAAGAGAAACUUAAACCCCUUAAUGAAAGUUUCCCUCUCUAUUUCUCUCUCUUCCCCUCCUCUCUCAUCCCUCUUUCUCCAUUUAAAAAGAGUUUUUGUGAAUGUGAGCAUCGGCAAAAGACAAAACACAAGUUAUUCUAAACAUACGUGUGUGCUUAAUGUUGAAAUCUCUCUUGAAAUAUAACUGCAAACAGCAAUAUGUAAACAGUGUACCUAUCUCUGUGGACAUGGUUCCUGUGUUAAUGUCUCUUUACACUCUGUAAGCACACGGAUACAGAGAGAUGAACACGCUCACACUCUGACGGCCGAGGCUGCACUGUGAGAAGUCAAACAGUUAGAACGAGCCACCAGAGCUGUAAAAGAAUCUGAUCUGUGAAGGUAUGCCGACAUUUCAGUGACUUAGAAAUUGACCAAACAUACAUCUUCAGCUCCCCCUGGGGAAUCCCAUGUUGUUUAGCCCAGAUGAGAGAUGUUAUCCUUCCAGCAAGCUUGGGAUCUACUCCAAGGCUUCUGUCUGGUGUAACUGUCCCAGAACACCUCUACAGUGAGGUUUCCAGGAGGUUUCCUAAGCACCACCUCAGCUCUCUCCUUUCUACUCUAUGCUCCUGACCCUGUCUCCAAGGCUAACCCUAACCCAGGCCUUCCUUCAAAAGAAGUUCAAUUCAGCCUCAUGCAUCAGCAAUCCCAGUUUUUCUGUCUCUCCCUAAAAAUCUGGAACAUUUAAUGGUAGGGAUCAUUUCUUUUUGAGUGAAACCACCAAACUGAGCUCUGUAGUUGGUGAUUUUGUUCAGCUGCUCUGCAGCCUCGGCCAGAAGAAACACUUUGUGGUUGCUCCUGCACUCUGCUGUUGAUAAUUAUUGUUCUUUUUGUGCCUGUGGAAUCAGCUUCAAUAUCUGCUAAUGACAACUACAGCGCUCAAUCUCAUCAGGUGUUCAAUUUAGCACAAGAUCAUAGUCUGACCAAAACUUUUCCAUUCUCACAAAACUCUGCACUCUCAGCUCCUAAGCUUUUCUAUGAGUUUCAGGAUGGCUGGUGUGGCGCCUUCCUGGGCGACCAGAGCUUUGGACACAAACUCCUGAUAUGAUAUGUGGAGAUGUUUUGGCCGAACAGGCUGCAGCUCAGGUCACUAAAUAGAGGAACAAUGUCAGACAUUUGUAGGAAAAGUGUGGUCAGUCAAGGCCUCCAAGCGUCCAAGUGUUGCCCAAAAUUUAUUCUGGGAUGAAGCUCUUAAAGUUUUCAGCUCUGUUCAGGGACAAGAAAAUGGCUAGUGAAUUUCUCUCUUAGUCCCAAAGACAAAACAAAAAAAGUUAAUGAUAACUAUUUCUGAACAAGGAAACCCACAUUUGUCUGGCUGAAAUGUGACCCAAAAAACUCUGACACCUCUUAAAUAAAAGGUGGAAAUCCCUUUGAGUUUUUGAAACUGGCCUUUGAAUUUGUUGGAAACCGAUUUCUUGUCACCACACUCAAGUGAAAUGCAGAUGAUAUACUGCUUUAUUUUCCCAAAUUUUCACUGUUAGCAUCUUUUCUCAGCCAAACCUUAACAAAACUGCUACUUCAGAUGAUGAAGUUUAACCCUGUUUAUAAUUUUACUCUCUCUCUCACAGACACACACAGUACAUGCUAAUGCUAAAUCCCCACAGAGUAGGGAUCCUUUACCUCCCUCAUCCUAUAGGUGAACAUAGAUGUCAGUGGACCACAGUGAUGGUGAGGUUCGUCUUUGUACAGUAAACGUACAGUACAGUCAAUAUGUCCCUGUUGGUUUGAACAUUGUGUUCUUUCUGCAGUGUAAUUGUGGAGCUUGCUCUGGUUCGGCCACUAAGUGUCACUAGUGAGUCACCGGUUAAUCAUCCCACCAUGAACAACGUGUUACAGAAGCUUUUUCAUACAUUUGAUCUGUUAGAUUUGCUUCCUUUAAGGGUCUAAACUGGUGUCAUCUGUUUUAGCUCUUUUCAUUAUACACCACCACAUUUUUCUGCUCUUUCACUCAGUUUCUCUCAAAAGUUUGAAGGUUAUUUCUACAUUUCCAGACCAUGUAUGCCAUUCUAUUAAUGAGAAGAUCUAUAGAGUAAAAUUUUGUCGAAACCCUGACCCAUAUGGCUGCAAAGAUUUUUCACAGUUUGGCUUGGCAUAGGCUCCAAAAAUACUAGGCUAACCUUGGAAAAAAAAAUGCAUCACUCCACAGAGUGAUGCAUUUUUUUUAAUUUUGAAGAUAUUCAGCCACUCUGUAGCGUAUUUAUUGUGCUAAAACACUCAGUAUCACCAGUUUUGUCCCUUAAAUCUUCUGUAAUGGAUCAGCAUUUAUGUCUGAGGAUAACCUUCAAUUCAUUCUUAUAAAACUAACUCAGCACUGGUUGUUUUAACAUGAAUACGUCUUAAGAAUAAACAGUGUAUAGCCUAUAUUUUGAUAACUUCACUAAGUGUACUUUAUGUUUCCCGGUUUUGUAAUGUAUGUGCAUUCAUUAUGUGCUCGGUUACGGUCCAUGUGUGUGAGUAACUCCUGUUUUAAAAGUGUGUGAAGCUGAUGGACAUUAAGGGGAAACGGGAGUACAAGUAUCGGACGUCCUCAUCCUAACAGAUACUCACUGCAUGCUCUCUCUCUCUGUGACUUUCUCUCUCAGUAUUUUCUGGUUUGUUUUUUUCAGUAAAUGUAUAUUCUUCUCAUCAGCAUGGAAAUGCUUCUAAUAAUUACAGUGACAACUCUAUGACUAUAAUAAAGAAUUUGAUGUUGUUUUUCUAGC